AUGGACGUGUCGCUCAUAUUUAAUGAUGCUGACCUAUUCCAUCACCUAGGCUUCAAUCAGGACAGCAUCAAUCGCUUUGAUGGCGGCGAGCUCACUAGCACCAACGUGAUCGACUUGCAGAUCGAGAACAUAUUGUACAUCCACUCGGACCUAUGCAGCAAUGGAUCAGAUGAUGUCCUGCAAGAGGUUUGCACAGCUGGCGUCCCUGACUUUGCGUAUGUAAACUGGACCAAUCACAACUUGGAGGCAUACUCUAAGCAGUUGGUGUCAAAGACUAAAAAGACGUUCUACAUAUAUUUAACAGACAAGGAUGGAGUCGAGAUCUUCUUGAAUGGCGUCGAUAUGAACUUGACGUUGAUAUUGUACAGGCGCAACGACAUCUACGAGCUGACACGAGGAUAUAUUAAUUAUUUGUUGGUCAAGGAGCAUGAGACCAUCCAGAUUAGCAGCGAAAUAUAA